AUGCGCGCCAGUUGGGCGCACAUUGUGGGGAACUGCGGAUUUCUCUUCAGCACCGAGGAGGUGAACGGCGCGACUCUCCAGAUGCCCGGCUGGACGAAGCUUGGCCCUGUGGAGCUGAAGGUCGUACGCGGCUGCACGGACAAGGGUGUGAAAUACUUGAAUUUUUACGUCAAGCGCCUCGGAAAUGCUGGCGCCGAUGUCGGAGGGUUGCUGGGUGAAGACGACUACGCCGAUGCAGCAACUCCUUCCGAUGGAUGCCAACAAUUUAUUUCGUUGGGGAAGCGGACGACUUUGCAGGAGGACGCCUCUGAAGCUCUCGCGGGCUUCCAGUAG